AAUUUCACUAAUAUUUACUCAAAAUCUAAAUAAAAAAUCACUUUUGACAGUGACAACCGAUGUUCACUCUAUUUCUAUUCCCAUUCGCUCCCGUAUGAAAAACUAUUUUUGUCUCAGUAUUAUGAAAACUUUUGCAAAAUCCGGUUGAAAAGAAAGAUUUUUCCGGAAUGGGUUGGCGAUUUACUCCGCAUUUUACGCGUUGUUGCUGCUGUAACAGCCUCCGAAGUGGCCUGAUUGGGUUGGGAAAGCUCAUGAUGCUUUUCAGCUUUAUCUUUUUGACGUUACAGCUGUACUGGUUACAAGAUACGAAAAUUUUUAUACGAAAAGUGGAGCGCGAGACGGAACUCAUAUAUUUGCAGUACUUGAGGAAUGAUUAUGUUUUAAUCUUGAGUCACAUUUUCCUGCUUGUACUUGGAUUAAUUUGUUACAGAGGAGCAAAAACGGUUAAUCGAUGUCUUAUCGGUCUUUUUGUUUUCUUCGAAGUAAUCCUCACAAUUAUUUUCGGAGCUUUUGCCACGUAUUUAGGCAUCGGAAUUGAUGCGAUUUUCGGCUCAAUCGACACUCACAAAUUAAUUGUUCCCGUAACAAUGUUCUGUACCUCCGCAAUGAUGUCACUCUUGUCACUUUACUUUGCGCUCGUCGCGAGAUCGUAUCUUCGAGAGAUCCGAUGGGAGAAUGAGCGGGAAGUGAAUAUCAAGAAAUAUAGAUUUUACUAAUGCAGCAUGUAAUUUUUUCGUAAAUAAAA